AUGGCUUCAAUUCUGGAGGGGGGCAUUACCGUUUCACCACCUCCUUCAGCUGGGGAAGGACCUUCAGCUCCGGCAUUAUACACAGGUGAGGAAGAAAUUCAUUACCCGACUCCUCUAAGGUCGAUUGAAUUCAUUGAUACUUCAGGCGAUAUUUCUUCCGAAGAGGCACCUCUGCAAAGGACAAGACCUGGGGAGGCAACCGCUGCCAAAGCUGGUCAAAGGACUGAGCCGGUCCCGGAGACCGAAGUCCCCAUUGAUGUUCAUCCGAUGCCCGACCAUGAGGCUGCUGCAACUUCGGGGCUCCCUGCCUUUGCCGAAGCUGCUGAAGUCCUUCCGAGUUCUCCAGCCCCGGCUUCAAGAUCGGAUGAGUUUGAAGACAUGUUUUCAGACACCCCUCCUGCUACCGGUGAAGCUGCUGAUUUCGGAUAUCUCCCGAUCCCUCGAGCCAUGAGGACGGCUAGUCGGACCAUCGAGUCCGAGUGUGGUGCUUGUCAAUGA